GUCAACUACCGCCUAUCUAUAAUAAACAACUCUAGCUAGACGAAACCUAGUCAUUCCUGCUUUCACAUCGAGUGACAAUGGUUCGACUGUCUGCGCUAGCAUUGUCUAUCUUUUUGCUACUCACGUCUGACUACAUCUUGCAGUCUAGCAGCGAAGAGCAAGGGAAGGAGCCACCAGAAAGUCACCGCACCAAGCAGUCCUUCCGUCUAGGACAAACCACAAUCCAUAUUUCAAACCGAGAGGGAGGCAUUGUCAACAUCAGUCCAUGCCAGCUAGAGACAGCCGGCUCAUCUAGCGUGAACUCAACAGCGAAACCGAAGACGAAGAAUAAAUUCGAAAUAUCGGAGGAGCUGAUAGAGUAUAUGCUUUCCGAAAUGCCCAGAGAGACACGAAAACAACUCUCAAAGCUACUCGGUCGAGUGAACGCUAGAGACAAGAGCGCUAACUGAAAUACAAAACGUAUGAAUGACGGGACCUCUGCCUAGGGCAUUCAGUCAUUGUAGUGUGUACCGUGACCUUUGCUGUCACUAUUACGUAGUACGGGGAUGAAUACAAUGCUGCACGCUUCUGGAUUGCGCUUAACUUUAGCAAAGCUGAAUAAAUUCAAACUUCAACUGGAAAAUUAA